AUGGCGCCUCCUUCUUGCGCGUCGGUGGCUCAAGCAGAGCGCCCCGGUGCGACCGCGGCGCUGGACGAGAACUUGCCCCAGUUCAGACCAACGAAGCAGACCAAACCGGCCAUCGGACGACGACAGCCGAUGGUGCACACGUUGGGACUCGCCCUUGCCCUCGGCCUCUGUGCCCCGGGGCGCGCUGCCCUCCUGCGAUCCAGCGAGGCCAGCGAGUCGGAGCGAGCCGUGACGGCGGCCACCCUGCGCGCGAGGGUGGGCUACAUGGUGCAGGGCAUGCUGGCGAGAAAAGACACCACCACCCGGCACAUUGCGAAGACGUUGCACAAGAAGAUGAAGCUCAGGGAUGCGCUGCCACUGCUGGAGGGCAAGCUGCCCAAGGAUGUGACGUCCUUGCUACACAUGGCAAGCGAUGAGCACGCGAAGGCGGGCGGCCAGUUCAGCGAGGUGUCAUUAGCGAAAGCCCGCGCCUAUUUGAACAACAUGAUGUACGACGCGUGGCUUCAGCUGGACCAGAUCGAGGUCGACUGUAAGGAGUUCGAGGAGAGCAACCGCAUGGUGUUCAGCCAGGUGGUGACAGACUUGGAACACUUGGGCUCAGACCUCGCCGACAAACAGCGCAUGAAGGCCGAGGCCGAAGGUGGCACCGCGGACAUGCAGACUCGGAUCAACGGCUUGGAGGGCUCCCUGGAUACGUUGAAGCGGAGCUUCCAGUCGACGCGCGAGAAGAACGCAUAUGAGCUAGCGCUGCGCCAGGACGACCAGGAUGUCUUCACCGCCCUCAUGCAGCUGUCGAAGUGCCCGAACGCCUAUGGAGAUGACACGUACUCCUUCGCACAGUCUCCGAUCUGCCUCACGGACAACGGCACCCAGGUGGAGGUGAGCAACGCCUCCUUGGCGGCGAAGCUGAAUCGAUCGCCACGGGUGCAGAAGGUGCUCCGGGAAGUCCUGGAGACCGCUGACUCCCAGGCGCCCUCGCUGCUGCAGAUCGAUCAGGCGCCCCCGCCGCAUAAGGUCAAGCAACCAAGGGGCGGCUCGAGGAAGUGCCUCAACGGCAUCGUCAAUUGCGGCUACCUUCACGACCUCAUGGCGCUGGAGUGGGGCAAGUUCAAGGACCUGGUAGACGAGCUGACGUACAUCAUGGAGCAGAACCGCGACGCCUACGAGGGCGAGAAGGAAAACAUGAACGAGCAGAUUGCUACGCUGAGGGGGAACAAGAUGAAGUUCACGGAGAUGCUGGGCGAGGCCAUCUCCGAGAUCAAUUCGAUCACGUCAGCAACGCGCGAGAAGCAGCAGCAGCACCGGGACAUCGAGCGUGCCUUCGAGAUCAAGAUGGCGGACUGCAAGACACACAUGAGCGAGAUCCUCUACACGAACAUCUGUGGAACUCGGACCGUGCGCAACGCACUGAUGCGGUACAGCACGGUCUCGCCCACGCCGUCGAUCAGGGACUGCGACGUGACGGACUGGUCGGCGGGGCCUUGCACCGCCGACGGAAGGGGCAACUCAUUGGCAGUGGACUGCGACGAUAGCUGCCCAAAAGACGUCGGGGGCGUCGACGUCGACACGUGUGGUGGUUUGAAGCAUCUUACCAGGCAGGUCAUCAUCUCCCCGAACUCUUUCGGCAUGGCGUGCCCCCCGCUGUAUUUCGAGCGCACGAACGGGAGUGUCGGCAUGAAGUGCAACCAGUUCCACUGCCCUGUCCACUGCUCCAUGUCCCAGUGGUCUGGCUGGUCCGGAUGCUCCAAGGAGUGCGGGGAAGGCGUCCAGGGGAAGACACGUUCCAUUCUCGUGAGGCCCAAGAACGGUGGGACGGAGUGUGACACCACACUCGAGGAGCAGCCGUGCAACACGGGUUCGUGCGACCGCGAUUGCACGCUCAUGCCGUGGACUGAGUGGGAGCCCUGCUCGAUGGCCUGCGGCGGCGGCAUCCAGGAGCGCGUUCGCAAGGUGGACAUCCCCAUUCGCGCGAACGGCAGGUGCCCAGGGCCGAAGCAUCCUGACCGCUUCGAGAUGCAGCAGUGCAACACCCAGGACUGCGUUGGCGACGAGAUCUGUAUCGCCAGGCAGGACCUGGUCAUUGCGCUCGACGGCAGCGGCUCCCUGAAGCAGGAGGGUUUUGACAUCGUCAAGGAUUUUGCCAUGAACCUCACGAGCAGGUACCAGAGCAUGUACUACGGUGUGGAGGACAUGCGCAUCGGGUUGGUCUUGUUUGGGAACGGCGAAUACUUCGACAACGGCACCGUCGCGGCGGCCCUCGAGGUAGUCCCGAUCACCAGCGACAUCGAUUCCGUCAGUGCAGCUAUCGAAGGGCUGCAGUGGCAGCGCGGCUUCACCAACGUGAUGCAGGCCCUCCAGGCGGCCGACAACAUGUUCGCGGACGGCCGGGAGGACGCACAGAGUGCCGUGAUGAUGAUAUCUGACGGCAAGUGGACCGACGCGUACCGCACGACCAUGCUGGCAACGGCGAUGAAGGACAAGGGCGUGCAGAUCUUCAUGGCCCCGAUCGCCGAGAGCACGACGCAGAAUCUGGUAGUGCUCAGGGGCUGGGCGAGCGAUCCGUGGGAGACCAACUACGAGCGCAUCCCUGGCCUCACGGCGCUCGAAAACAACGAACCAGAGUACGCCCAGAAGUUGUUGGUGAAGUUCUGUCCCCGUGCGUUCUCGCCGUCGGCCAAGUUGGAGGCGGAGCAGCAGCAGGGCUACCUCAAGAUCCGUGAGAAUGGCUACCCCUCCGACAGCUGCGGCCCGUGGAGAGUCAUGGGCACGUUCCGCUCCGUCCAGGCCUGCAUGGAGAAGGUGAGGGAUGCGGGCAUCCUGGCCUUCGCGUACGAGGAAGGGGGUUUUUGGGCGGGGACCUGCUACUCGGAGGCGAUGGACGUCACCGAUGACUUGUGGAACCAAGCACUGGCUUCCCGCGUCGACCUGUCGUGUCCAGGUGGCGCCUGGGUUGUCAACGAGAGUGCCCCCCGGACAUCAUGA